AGGGGUUACGUAGCGUCGGAGUGGUAUUCUCGAAGCGUCUUGGUGGCGUUGUUGCUUUGGGCUGCUUGCGGCGUUGGCGUAGCGGGCGCAGUUGGCGUAGCUCUACCAGAGGUGGCUGUGGCGGGGAGCAGCAGCGGCGGCCGUGAGGAGAAGGCAGAAGCAGGGCCGGGCAGGCACCGGGCCGGGACCGGACCGCAGGCUGACCCGAAGACCUGUACCAAGGAGUUGCACAAGAGGAGGAGAUAGAAACUGGAAGCUCUCUGAAUGUGCUGCCCACAGACUUAAGGCUUCUUUGGAGACUCAAGAUGACUUCUGAGAAGAGAUGCUUUCUGGAGGGGUUGUGCUGAAGGCAGAGCACUGUGGCCUCUAACUGGGACAGCUCCUGCUGGUCUGGAGCUGAGACUGACUUCUCUCCCUCCCUUUUCCCUUGGAGAUGUUGCAGAGAUUUAAUCUGACCUCUUCCUCCUCACCUGAAGCCUGCCGUGGCGAUGAUCCCACAGCCAGAUCCGACCACCAAAGAGAAGAGUAUUGUGUGUUUGAAGCUGGGCCAUCGUUGUAACUGAACUGGAAUUUACUCCCUGCUUGCGUUCCCGGAACGAGUGCUCUUUCUCUGCUUGUCUGUGUGUGUUUUGAGCUGCUCCUCCCUCAUCUUGUUUGGGAUCCCUGGGCUUGCCACGCUGAAUUUGCCCAUGGCUUUCCUGAUGAAAAAGAAGAAAUUCAAGUUUCAAACCAGCUUCACUCUAGAAGAGCUGACUGCCGUCCCCUUCGUCAAUGGGGUUCUGUUCUGCAAAAUCAGGCUGCUAGAUGGAGGAGACUUUGCUAGCUUAUCCACCAGAGAGGAAGUGCAGGAAAACUGUGUCCGCUGGAAGAAGAAAUUCACCUUUGUGUGUAAAAUGAGUGCCAACCCAGCCACAGGACUCCUGGACCCCUGCAUCUGCCGAGUGUCUGUCCGGAAGGAGCUGAAGGGCGGAAAAACCUACUCAAAGCUGGGCUUUGCUGAUCUCAAUCUGGCAGAGUUUGCAGGCUCUGGAUCCACUGUGCGCUGUUGCUUGCUGGAAGGAUACGAUACUAAGAACACCCGACAGGACAACUCCAUCCUAAAGGUCACGAUUGGAAUGUCCCUGCUGUCAGGGGACCCCUGCUUCAAAACGCCUCCCUCCACUGCCAAAUCCAUCACCAUACCGGGACAGGACUCUUCCCUACAGCUGACCUGUAAGGGCGAGGGAACCACGAGCAGCAGCAGCAGCAGCAGCGGUUCAGCCACGAUUGGCUCCUUGCGUCAGACCAAGCCAAGAGCUGCCAUUCUCAGCUCGGGUGUCCCAGAAGAACCGGAUCAGAACCUGUCCAGCCCAGAGGAAGUCUUCCAUUCAGGGCACUCGCGGAACUCCAGCUAUGCCAGCCAGCAGUCCAAGAUCUCUGGUUACAGCACGGAGCACUCCCGCUCUUCCAGUAUGUCUGACUUGACCCAUCGCCGGAACACCUCCACCAGCAGCAGUGCAUCCGGGGGGCUGAGCAUGACAGUGGAGUGUCCUGAAGGAGAGCGGGACCACAAGCUGGAGAAGCCACCUCGCCCCCCUAGACCAGCCAUUCUGCUGGAUAGACCCUCCCGGAGGAAAAAGGAUUCGGUGGAGAGUCACCCAACACGAGUGGAUGACACCAGGAUCGAUGCUGAUGAUAUAGUGGAGAAAAUAAUGCAGAGUCAGGACUUCACAGAUGUCAGCAAUACUGAAGACAGUAACCUGAGGCUGUUUGUGAGCAGAGAUGGAACAACUACAUUGAGUGGUAUUCAGCUGGGAAACAGGGUCUCAUCUGGAGUUUACGAGCCAGUGGUGAUUGAAACCCACUAAAUGUGAAGAACAGGGUAGAGCUGCUGGAAACAGGCCCCCUACCCAGUCCGCCGCCACAUGGAUGCCAACCUUUACCUCUCUUCAUGCAGCAUUCCAGAAGGGAUUUCUCCACCCCUCCCCGUACAUUUGCACUGCAGAACUACUCCGAGACCACUCCAGAUCAUGCACUUUUCCCUGAGUUGGCAUUACCCUUCUCCACUUCCCAGUUCUUCCAGUGCCUGCCCUCCCCCUGUUUCUAUUCGGACGUAAGGUGUCUGUUGAGCUUAUCCUUAGUCCUAGAGGAUGUUGCUCAUGUGCAUCCCUCACUCCACCCAUUCACUUGCAGCAGGGGGCUUCUCAGCUUCUGUCUCCCCAAAGCAUUGGGUUUAUACCACUGUGAACUCUUGAAACCACUGGGGGAGAGGGGGAAACCGUUGUAACCAAACCGAGAGCUGCUUGUGGGUGACACGGUGAAAAGCCCACUUGCAGGAUGCUUUAUCCCAUUGACUCUGCAAGGGAACAUCACCUUCCAAGGCAACGGUUUUUACAGAACAAGGUAUGCUAUGGUGUACACUUCACCUUCCUGCCCUCAAAUCCCCAAACAUCCUCUUGUCUCAUAGGAAACACUUCCCAAAAGUGCAUUUCAGAGAACUACCACGAUCCACAUGGGAGUUGAGAACGGUUAAAUGCUAAUGCUGUUAUACCACUAA